AUGUACGCCAUGGGUAAAGAGUACGGCAUUCCAGGAUUGAAGGCCGUGGCUUGUGCCAAAUUCCACAGACUGUCUUGGAACAUACUCAACCAUGCUGGCCUGUCUGCAGCUAUCAUAGUUGCGUACAGCACCACACCAGAGACGGAUAAGGGUUUGCGAGACGAGAUCCUGCGAGCACUUUACGUUUGCCGUAAACGAUACAGUGACGAGGAAGAAAUUCAGCGAAUCAUCUCGAGUAUCCCGGAGCUUAGUUAUGGUCUUUUCCGUAGACUGCUUGAGCGUGAGAUGGCCGCUCAGACCUGA